AGGAAGGUGAGCAGAUCUGCGAUUUCUACUGAAAUUACUUCUAUUUUGUUUUCCCGGAAUCGGCGAAAGUUGAUAGUCGGUAAAUAUAAUUUCUGCUGUUAUCCUUGCUCUGAAUUGUGUAAUUCUUCUGAAAUUUUUUUGUGCUUAGGUUUUCGAGAGAAUAAUUUUCACUAUGUCUGAUAUCAGGUGGUUACCUCUAGAAGCAAAUCCUGAAGUUAUGAACAAGUUUUUGAUUCAAUUAGGCGUGCCUAAAAAAUAUGGAAUAUCUGAUAUUUUUUCCUUUGAUGCUGAAAUGCUUCAGUUUGUCCCAAAGCCUUCUUAUGCUCUUAUACUACUUUUUCCUGCUAAAAGUGAGUUUUAUAAAGUAAGUGCAAAUAAACAGUUUUUGGAUGAAAAACAGGUCAAAGAAUCAUCAGUCUUUUUUAUGAAACAGACAAUUGGAAAUGCUUGUGGUACUGUCGCAUUGAUCCAUUCAGUAGCUAACAAUUUGCACAACAUAUGUUUAGAGCCUGACUCUCCCCUUGAAAAAUUUUUGAAAGAAACCAUGGAAUUAGGACCACAUGAAAAAGCUGAAUAUCUGGAAAAGAACAUAGACAUUGGUGCUGCUCAUGAAGCUAGUGCACAAGAAGGCCAGACUGAGCCUCCUCCAGCCAAUGAGGAAGUGUCACUGCAUUUUAUAGCAUUUGUUAAUUCCAACGGCAAGCUUCUUGAGCUUGAUGGUCGCAAAGAUGGACCCAUUUGUCACAGAUCUACCAGUGUGGAAACAUUUUUUGAGGAUGCUUGUGAAGUUUGUAAGGAAUAUAUGUCAAAAGAUCCGGAAAAUUUGGCAUUUACAGCUUUGUCUUUUGGGGCCUUGAAUUAUAUCUAAUACUCUUCUGGUAGAAGAGCUUUUUUUGAUUUUCUACUACUAAUGGAGUACUCGUUAUUAUUUGCUUGCUUUAUGUGUUCAAAAGCUGCUUUGUGAUGUUCUCAAUUUUUACUUGUUAUUGUGUUAUGACCUGCAUUUUUUCCCUUUUUUUAAUGGUAAAUGAAUCAUUUAUAAUCAUGUCAAAAUACUCAUUUUUAAUAUUGUUACAUUGAAGUGAAUAUUUUCUUAAUAAAAUUGCUUGAG